AUGGACGGCCCAUAUUAUGAACGAACCUGUCAUCCAUGGCGAAGGAGGCCAGCUGAAUACCUGACCGGGGUGGGAUGGAUCCAAGGAGGUCACAAACGGCGUAAGCUCAAACCAUACUAUCACUUCGUUUGGCCGAGAGACGGAAAGAACGGAAGCACUUGGGGGAGGUGGAAAGACAUUUUAAAAGGUCAAGGCCCGGAUAUUCACGUUACAAUCAGCGCCGACAAGAAGGACUACAUGUUCAAUCGGCAGACGAAGGAAAGAUGGGCCGGGCAUACUAAUCUCGACGAUCGUGGUCCGGACGGGGCCCUCAAAUACGAGCCUCCAUGGACACGGUCAGCUCGACCCGGUAACAACUGCAGAGCAUACGACUUUAGAACUCGAAAGUAUUGUAGGCCUUAUGACCACAUGUGGACCGAUGCUUUGUGGCAAGAUGAGCCGAACGGCCAUUUCCCCUACCCCCACGCUCUCAGGAAUGUUUAUGGGGAGUGGAUACAGCACAAACAAAAUGCAUUCGAGGAGGAAUUUGGAAUGUAA